AGCAUCAAGUCAUUUUAAGAAACAUUAAUUAUCAUACAUUCAUAACAACAAUAUCAAGAACAAUGGCAAAGUCUACAAUCAUCCUUAUCUCCACCCUUUGCUUUUUAUCCUUCUUUGGUUCGGUUUAUUCUCGCAGCGAUCGCUUCUUUGUCGAGGGUGUUGUUUACUGUGAUACAUGCCGCAUCCAAUUCAUCACCAAAUUGACCGAGUUCUUAGAAGGUGCAACCGUUCGCGUCGAAUGCAAAGAAGAAAAUGGAACACUAACAUUCAGUAAAGAGGUAGUAACAGGACAUGGAGGAUCAUACAAAGUUGAGAUUGAUGGAGACCAUGAAGAUGAGAUUUGUCAGGUUGUACUUGUGAAGAGUCCAAGAAAGGAUUGUUCAGAAGUUGACACAGAUUCUCACUUAGAACAAGCAGCUAGAAUCAGUGUCACAAAUAACAAUGGAAUUGUGUCCCCUAUUCGUGCCACUAACCCUCUUGGUUUCCUUAAGAAGGAUCGUCUUCCAGGUUGUCUUGAAAUCUUCAAGGAACUUGGAAUCAAUGAAGAUGGAACUACAGCCGAUGAUGAUUAAAUUAAUUAUAGCUUAUUAAUUAAGGAGAGGCACGGGUAGCUUAAGUAAUCUUUUGCUUUGCCCCCAUUAAUUUUUAUUGUUAUGUAAUAAUGGAAUAUUUUAUGUAUUUACCUUUGGAGGAGGAGUUUUCUUAGAUUAAUUUGAAGACCCUCUCAAAGGAUAUUAUUCCUCUCAUUUAUAUGUAAUCCAUUUUCAUUUUUUUAAAAUAAAUAUUGGGUAUUUUUUUUUUUAGAUGCCAA